AUGGUCUUACCGCCCAAGCAAAAGAGUGUGCAGAAGGAAACCAAAGAUGUGGAUGACGAGGACUCUGAGGAUCAGCAACUGAAGCCCAAGAAGAAAAGUUUGAAGGUGAGUGAGUAUGCGGGAGGACGGAGGAAGAAGAAGGACAGUGAUGAAGAAGGCUACAGCUCUAACACAAAUAGUAGCAAUGUGAGCAGCAGCAACAAGAAAAGACGAGUUAAAGAAAAGGAUAAGAGGAAGAAAAACCAAGAAGUAAGCAGGGAUGACCUCAGCGACGUCUCCCAGAACACCGACCAUGACGACAACAACAGCGACUCAAGCGGUAAGAAAAGAGAGAGGAAUCUUCCGGAUUUGAUCGCCACCACUAAAAAAGCAACAAGUCGGCCUUUGGAAAAAGACAAGAUGGGCCCCAAGGGUAAAACAUCCAAAGAUGAAGACAAAAAAUCCAAGAAGGACUCCGAGAAAAAAGAGGACGAGGUAGCAGGGGAUGAGGAGGAUGGGAAAAAGAAGAAGAAAGACAAGAAGAAGAGAGCGUCAGAGAAGGGGAACAGCGAUGAAGACAACAAGAAGACGAAAGGCAAAAAGAAGAAGGUGGAGAAUUAUGUGGAAAUCUACGAGAGUGAGCUUCGAAAUUACCAGGAGGAAUUGGUGGAGAACUAUGAAGAUGAGUACCACAAAAUGAAAGUGUAUGAGGUGGUGACCAUCACUGGGGAUGAGAGAGGAGCGGGCACCGAUGCAAAUGUGUUUGUCACACUCUUUGGAGAAUUUGGUAUCACUCCCAAAGUCCAUUUGGCAAGCAACACAGAGAAAAGGAGCCGCACUGCAUUUGAGAGGGCCAAAACUGAUGUGUUCAGAAUAAGAACCCACAAUGUGGGACCUUUAAAGAAGAUUCGGAUUGAGCAUGACAACACAGGUCUGAACCCCAGCUGGUUCUUGGACCGGGUGGUAGUGACUGACGUAAUCAGGCCUCACCUGAGGUACUACUAUGCUUGUAACAACUGGCUCAGUAAAGUGGAAGGGGACAACCUUUUUGUCAGAGACCUGCUGGGCAGCUUGGAUGCCAUGGACAUGCCCAAAUACAAUAAGUAUAUGGUCAGUGUCUUCACUGCUGAUAUAAAAGGUAGCGGAACAGAUGCGGACGUCUUUAUCAAUAUAUUUGGAGAGUUUGGUGAUACAGGUGAGAGGCUACUGAACACAGAAAAAAAUAACUUUGAAAAAGGCACAGAGGACAAAUUCACCAUUGAAGCCCCAAACCUGGGCAAAGUCAGGAAGAUCACUAUCGGCCAUAACAACAAAGGCUCUUCCGCAGGAUGGUUUGUUGACAAGGUGACUGUGGACGAUCUGGGAAACAAAGUAGUGUAUGAAUUUCCAAUCAAUCGGUGGUUUGCCAUUGAUGAGGACGAUGGCAAGAUACAGAGAGACAUUUUGGUGGGAGGGAGCCAACCGACGGGUAUCGUGUAUAACUUCCAGAUUGUAACCGGAAACAUCAGAGGAGCCGGGACCAACUCCAAAAUCCACAUUGUGAUGCACGGCACCAAAGGCUCAAAGAACAGUGGCAAGGUGUUUCUUGAAGGAGGGAAAUUUGAGCGUGGCCUGACGGACAUCUUCAAUAUCGAGAUUGCCGCACUUCUCAGCCCCCUCAGCAGGGUGACCAUCGGACAUGACAACAGCGGGGUCAGUGCUGGGUGGUACUGUGAGAAGGUGGUGGUGUAUUGUCCAUUUACCGGGAUCGAACAGACCUUCCCAUGCUCAAAAUGGCUGGACGAGAAGGAAGGAGACGAGCUGAUAGAGCGAGAACUCUACGAGAUGGUUUCUCUCCGGCAGAGAAGGCAAAAAAAGCAUCCCUGGUCCUUGUGGAUCUGGACAUCGGACCUUCCCAAUGCUGGAAGCGACGCAGAAAUCUAUUUCCAGGUGUACGGAGAGAAGGGCAAGUCCGACGAGAUCAAACUAGACAACAAAACAGACAAUUUUGAGCGAGGACAAGUGGACAGGUUUAUAGUUGAACUUCCAGAUUUAGGAAUUUUGACCAAACUCCGAAUCUGGCAUGAGAAAAGAAAUCCUUUUGCAGGGUGGCAUCUGAGUAAGGUGACUAAGACUUUCCCCAAAAUACAUAUUAUUAUAUAGUUUUCAUUCUUCCACAGCCAG